AUAUGAAUGCGCGUUCACGAUGACGAGAAUCUCCGCAGAUGCGCGCGCGUGUGCAUGAGGAUGCUCAUAUGGGCUCGAUGGGCUGCGGGGGAAGCAGAUCCGCCACGAUCGAACCCCGAUAUUACGAGAGCAGAGACACCGAGUCGACGUGGCUGACGAGCACGGACACGGAGACGCAGCGGGCAGCGGCCGGUAACGGAACCGGCGAGAGCGCGCCCGAGAAUGACAAGACAGCAGCGGCAGCCGCAGCCGGUUCAGGUCAAAAGGAAGAGAAGCCCGCGACCAGAAGCUCUUCUGCCAAAGAGAAGAAGCUGGUGAACGCCGGCACACAGUGCGGCAGAAACCCCAGCAGCACCCCAAGGAGACCAGCGCACAGAGACGAGGUUAAAAGUAAAUCGAAGAAAACCCCCCAGACUGAAGGGGUUAAAAGUGUCCGAUCCGACUGUAAACACAGAGGUGAUGCCCUGACAUGAGUUUGUUGAAGAGCCGCUGCUGUCAAACAUUUCUAAUUAAACGCGUAUGUUAAAUCAGAUGGAUCUGAGCUAUUCGUCUGUUCGUCUGCAUGUAAACGUCGAGCGCUGGAGCGGAUGGCGACCCUGACAUGCUGCAACACAUCAUUUGCAUCUCUAAAGUUGUUAGUGUUUUAAUAUUUUGUUGCUAUUAUGUAUUUUCAUCAGUAUCGUGAUAUUCUAGUGCCUAAUGAGUCUGUGUGAUAAUGCAGAUGUCUCAGGUUGUGAUCGUAUGAAAUGAAGACACAAUCAAACAUAA